AUGCACGAAGAUGGAGAGUUGCUCAAUGACAAAUUUUCUAAUGAAAAAUUGUCUGACGAGAAGGCGUCUGAAUCAUCGACGAACGAAUCUUUAAAAGCUUCUCCGUACCAGCCUAAAGCUUCUCCAAUACCACUGCAUUUUCAUAUGGUAAAACAAUUAACAAUUAUUGGAAGGGGAGAGUGUGGAAAGACCAGCCUUGUCAGAAGAUUCAUGAAAAAUGAGUUUAGUGAAGAGCUCAGUGCUACACCGAUCGAGAAUGAGGACUAUGUAUUUACCUCGGAAGGAAAGCAGUUUAAAUUAAAGAUCUGGGACACCAGCGGGCAGGAUGAUUUCCUACGUCUCAGAGGUCUUACACUUCCUAUGAGUGACUAUGUAAUGAUUUGUUAUAGCAUUACAGAUCCCCUAUCCUUUUAUGAAGUGGAAAACACACUCAUGCCAAUGGUCAAACAGAAGGCAAGAGAGGAUGUUAAGAUAAUGCUGGUAGCCACUAAGGUUGAUAAAAGAUCCGAGGAUACAGUUAGUACAGAAGAGGGCACAAUGCUGGCUAAGAGAAUAGGCGCCUUUAAGUUUAUUGAGUCCUCCUCAGUUAUUGACAUUGAAAAGAAUACUGGAAUUAAGAGUAUCUUUGAUGAACUAAGGAAGGAUAUGCUAGAAUCAUCUUCACCAAAGCAGCGAGGGCUCUUCAGAAGGAUAUUCUUCUGCUGCCUGUAA